AUGACCGCCGUACUACGAGUCGAAGUGGUUGGCAACCAGUGCGAAGCUCUACUGGAUACCGGAGCCUCGAGGAGCUUCAUCAACCCAGGGACGGUAGAACGCCUGCAGCUGAGAGCUCGGAAGCUGCCCGAGGAACACGUGUUCACCGUAGCUAACGGUGGGCAGUUGAGAAUAGAUCGCGUAAUGAAGGGGCUCAUUAUGUGGUGUGGGGCGACUCGUUUAGCCGGCGACUUCUUAGUCGGGCCGGUGCCAUAUGACCUAGUGGUGGGACUUGAUUGGCUGACUAAGCAUAGGGUAGCGUGGUAUUUCCAGUCUGAUAAGCUACGCACGUAUGUGGAUGGCCGGUGGUGCGAUCUACCGGUUGUUUGUGCCACUGAUGUCACACAACGGAGCGACGGUACACUAGGGACGCGUCAGCGGACACCCGCGGAGCAGGCGUACGACAUACUGGCUAAGCAGGUGGCGGACAUGACUCGGGAGGAAGCUACGGCACUUCUACGUCCUCCCACUAAGAGAUACAAGCCGCCCUCCAGGGGCAAGCGGAAGGCAGUGGUCGCUGCCCUGCUCCAGCAGGCUUCGGACAGUGCGGCCUUCAUACGCCACCCCCUCCAAGGGCUCUACCAUAUACUAGCGCUUCCCGCGGUGGCGGCAGACGUGGCUCUGCGUCUGGUGGAGGAGCGGCAAGGGGCUUUAUGUUGUGCCUUGGUGGAAACCUGCCCUUCCAAUCCCCACCGGCAGUGUCUUAAGGCACUAACCGCUCCCGUGUUUCCCGACGAAGAGGAAACAUCCCCUUGGCCAACGGCCAAACUCGAGUACUCGCAAUUCGAUACGUGGCUAACCUCCGUGGAGGCGCAGGCAACACCCCGGGAGAUACGGGAUGUGUUGCGUGCUCACCGUGCGGUUUUUCCGGAUAAACUUCCUACAGGGCUGCCACCGAAGCGCCCCCACGAUCACCGUAUCCUUCUCGUGCCAGGGAAACUCCCUACGAAAUCGGCGAUUUACCGCAUGACCCCCGAACAACUUCUCUUUCACAAACAGGAGAUAGCUAAGCUGACUGCUAAUGGGUGGAUUGGCCCCACUUACUCUCCGAUCUGCGCACCUACGAUUAUGGUGGAUAAGCGUAGCGAUGGGACGGGCGAGCGUAUGAUGCGCAUGGUUGUCAAUUACCGGGAGCUGAACGCCCUUACGAUUGCGCCGGACUUUCCCCUACCACCUAUUCAAACGAUUUUUGAGAUGCUAGGGGGGGCCCGAUACUUUUCCACCCUCGAUCUCGAGUCAGGGUUUCACCAGAUAAGGAUGGCCAAGGAAGACCGAUGGAAGACAGCUUUCCGUUCGGUUAUGGGGUUAUUCGAGUAUAAGAUCAUGCCCUUUGGCCUCAAGGGCGCGCCUGCUACCUUUCAGGCCAACAUCAAUGCAUACCUACAACCUUUACUAGGUCAGGGAGUCAUUGCGUACCUUGACGAUGUCCUCAUUUACAGCCCCGACCUUCCCAGUCACGUUGCCCUCCUCCAACAAGUACUGCGUAUUUUCCUCGAUCAGCAAUUUUACCCGAAGUUCUCUAAAUGCAAAUUUGCGAAGCGGGAGCUUACCUACUUGGGCUAUACCGUUAGCGCGGAGGGAAUAAAACCCGCCCCAGACAAGAUUCAAGUCAUCAAGGCGUGGCCCGAGGUGUUGCAGAACGAGACGCAGAUACGACAGUUCCUAGGCACCGUGAAUUAUUGCCGCAUGUUCAUGGGGCCGGAUUUUGCCAGGGUUGCCCGCCUGCUCGUAGAUCUCACGCGCAAGGGAGUACCUUUCCAGUGGACAGAUGCACACACUCAGGCGGUACGCCUCCUCAAGCAGCGUUUGAUUGAUUACACCACCUUACAGAUUCCUGAUACCACGAAACCCUUUGAGCUCUACACGGAUGCCUCUGGCUAUGCAGUUGGCGCGGUUCUCGAACAGGCCGGUCAGCCAUAUCGAUUCCUCAGCCAGGCCAUGACUCCCACGCAGCAGAAAUACUCGAUCUAUGAUCAGGAACUUUUGGCCUUAGUGUCAGCUCUCGACAAGUGGGCACACUUGUUACGCCCUACCAAGGUCACGGCCCACACCGACCACCAAGCCCUUACACAUUUACAGCAGCUCAAGGCGUCAAAGCCUCUUCGCGGCCGCACAGCCCGGUGGCUAGAUUUCCUGGCUGAGUUUCCCGGUCUUACUAUUACAUACCUGCCGGGUGCACGUAAUCAAGUGGCGGACGCACUGUCUCGUCUUCCUUGUCAUUCGGCCCCCUGCCCUUCUCCCUCCCCCAUCGACUCCCCUGAGACCCAUACUGGGUCUCUUGCUGCUCUCCAGCCAGCGCCUGACCCGCCUGAACCGCCGCACAAGACUCGAGGAACACAUCCUGACUACCGGGAACUUGCCGGCCUCCGCCGACGCCCCUCCCGGAAACGCACCCCGUCACACCCGGUUCCAACCCCGACCACUACGCUCGACCCCACUCCCGAAUCUCCUGCGCAGGCAGACCCUAGACCUACGCCCAGUCCUCCCGUCCUCGACUGGCCGACAGCGUAUUCUAAGUGUCCGAUGUUCAGCGCGCCCUAUGACACUGCUUCUUCCAAGCAGGGUGAAGUUGUUCAACUGGAGUUCCGACAUCGUCGUCACACCUUCCGUUUUGUCCAGCCAUAUUUACAUAUAUGCAUUAAUGGUCUCUGGCUUAUCUGCGUGCCGCAGUUUCCAGAGUUCCUCACGCACGUCCUGUACACGCAUCAUGAUCACGUCACCGCCGGGCAUCGAGGCCAAAAGAAGACCUACAAGGCCCUCAGUAAGCGUUACUAUUGGCCUGGCAUGCGUACGUACACCAACGCGUACGUGGAAUCCUGCACGCAGUGCCGCGCAUCCAAAUCACUUAAUCAAAAGCCCGCCGGCCUCUUACAACAGCUGCUUAUUCCCUCGCGCCGGUGGAGCCAUGUUAGCCUAGAUUUCGUCACCGACUUACCCCUCACCACCUCUGGGCACGACGCCAUUCUGGUUGUCGUCGAUUCUCUCAGCAAGAUGGCACACUUUAUUCCGGCCAAGAAGUCCCACUCAGCCGCCGACACUGUAGAGCUUCUUGCUGACCGCCUCAUCCGUUACCACGGCUUUCCUGAAGUCCUUAUUUCCGACAGGGAUCCUCGUUUCCAAUCGGAAGUGUGGUCGCAACUGUGCUCACGUUUCAAUAUUACCCGGGCGAUGUCUUCCUCUUAUCACCCGCAGACGGAUGGCCAGACCGAGCGAGUUAACCGCACCCUGGAGCAGAUGCUCCGCACGUAUAUCCAGGCAGACGAAAGGGAGUGGGAAGGCCUGCUGCCGGCCUUGGAGUUAGCGUAUAACACCACCAGUCAUUCCUCUACUGAGCUUUCCCCUUUCGAAAUCAUGAUUGGGGAGAACCCCUUAACCGCAGCGGACCUAGACAUUGUUGGUGCUCUGGCUCCCACGCUCACUCCUCCAAUGACGAAACUCUUCCGCCGACUCUGCGAUCGUGCACAGGGUCACAUUCUCCAGGCUAAGUGGCGCCAGAAAUACUACGCUGACGCCCAUAGGAGGGCUGUGGAAUAUAAGGUCGGCGACCAAGUUUGGCUUAGUGGCAAACAUUUACCUGCUCUCAACCAUUGUUCUAAGUUUGAACCCCGCUACCGGGGGCCCUUCACAGUGACUGAACGCACCGGCAAGGUCGCUUACCGUCUUGCUCUGCCUCCCACAUACGAGGGACACAAUGUUUUCCAUGUUUCACAAUUGGUUCCCCAUCACCCCCGUGAUCCCGCUUUGGUUCCACGCGAAGCUCCGGUGGGCUGGCCUCCAACACGCGACGACGCCGGCAACCCUACGGACCAGUAUCUCGUUGACUAUAUCAUGGACCAAAGAGGGACUGGAGAGGAGGCGCAAUAUCUUGUUAAGUGGAGGGGCGCCCCUGAGGAACGGGCCACAUGGGAACCCGCACACCAUUUGUCAGGGUGUCCCGCCUUACUUCGGGCUUGGCGACGCCGCCAGCGCGGACGACAUCCUUCCUGA